AAUGAAUAAAUAUAAGAGAUAAAGUAGAUUGGAGUCUUAUAUUUGAAUCAAAUUGAAUGUUCUGGAUGUAGUAUAUAAGAGACUGCGCGCAGCACACUUCACAUCUCCUUCUGUUUUAGGUUCUGUUAUCUAAUGAUUUCCAAUAUGAUGAUGUUGCAGAGAAACAACAUGCGACUUUCUCAAGCUUAUAUAUUUUUAUCAGCAAUACUAUUGCUCUUAUCACUGUCUCAUGCUUUAUGGAGGAAGGAAAGUAAUGUCAAGGAAGCCGUUUUUCUUUCCCCCAAGUUUGAAUUGGAACCAGGAUCAGUUCAAGAUGAUUAUUACUAUGAUAUAGGCUUCCCAAGAGGCCAUAUCGCAAUAAAGAGUUUCAAUGGUGAAGUGAUUGAUGAAGAAGGCAAUUCUGUACCUCUUCAUGAAACUUAUCUCCAUCAUUGGCUUAUUGUUAGAUACUAUCAGCAUAAAAGGGUGACAAACACAGGUAAUAAUGAGUCAGAUUCAGAUCAAGUGAUAGUGGGAAAUAGUGGCUUAUGUCCUGCAGAUACUCUUGGACACUAUUUUGGUCUUGGAUCCGAAACACGCGGCAUAAAUACCGAUAUACCAGAACCAUUUGGGAUAGAAGUAGGCAAUCCUGCAGAAAUUCCAAAUGGGUAUGAAGAGAAAUGGAUGCUUAAUGUGCAUGCCAUCGAUACCAGAGGUGUUGAAGAUAGGUUGGGGUGCAUUGAGUGCAAAUGUGAUCUUUAUAACAUCACAAAGGAUGAAUAUGGCCAGCCUUUGAGGCCUGAUUAUAUAGGCGGUUUCCUGUGUUGUUAUCAUAAUACUCAAUGUAGGGUGAAGGAAGGCCUUCGGCUACCAAAGAGAAGCCUCUACUUAAGAUAUGCAAUUAAGUGGGUUGACUGGAGUGAUUUGAUAAUACCCGUUAGGAUUUAUAUACUUGAUGUGACUGAUAAUUUGCAAGCACCACAUGGUUUCAAAACCUUGAGUACUAAGCAUAAUUGCAAGGUUGAAUAUGAUGUUCAGUCUUGUAGCAAUAGCCAUAAGGAUAAGACUAAAUGCAUUGAUGUCAAAAGAACAAGCCUCCCAAUGGCAAGAGGUGGCUAUGUCAUUUAUGGUACGGCUCAUCAACAUGCAGGUGGAAUAGGUUCAACUCUGUACGGACAGGAUGGAAGGGUUAUAUGUUCCUCAAUACCAAGCUAUGGAACUGGGAAGGAGGCAGGGAAUGAAGAAGGCUACAUUGUAGGGAUGAGCACCUGUUAUCCUCAACCUGGUUUGGUCAAAAUAAUUGACGGAGAAACUGUAACUCUGGAAUCCAACUACAGCCGUGGCAGCCGUCCACAUACUGGAGUUAUGGGGCUCUUCUAUCUCUUGGUGUCAGACCAACUUCCUCAGCAUUCUUCUCGUUCUUCAUUAUUUAAAAAAAUAGACAAAAUAUUUUAGAUAGUAAGUGGAGUCUCCUGUACGUAUAUAAAAAACUAUCAUUGUCUAGUCUGGUGAGAACCUUUACUUUGCUCUUAUCUUAAAAAAUAAUGCAGUGGAUGUAUUGUUCUAUGUGAUAUAUAUAUAUAUAUACACACACAUAUAUAUAAUGAAGAGUAAAUAAGCAAGUAUACUUUGUGCUACACUUCGUAUUUUUCCCCUUUUCCUUUGGUCUCGUAUGCUGGUGUGACGAUAAAAGUUUAAAAAAAGAAUUUAAGCAUGCAGAUAACCUUGAUUCUCUCUACUUUGAAGACCUCGCUGAUGAGGAGGAUCAUGAAAUUGUUCAACAAAAACUUUCAACCCUUAUGAAAUCCUUGGGCAUUUCAUCUUUGUCAGAGGUGUGAUCACUCCUCUUCCUCUUUUCUGAGUAGAGUCCUGGGUACUCUGAAUUUACUUCACCCUUGAGAGCCUUACCAUUUUUCUCACGAGAGAACUUGCUCUUUGUCUAAAUAUAUAUGUGAAAGUUGUUUACAAUUAUCAAUAAACAGAUGUUUGGCCCCCUGAAAAUCCUAGAACUAUAAUUGUUUUCAGCUUAUAGGUCCUUCAGUAGGCAUUGGCUUGAUAAGUUGAACUAUGUCUUGAAUGCAAAUUUAACAGUCGCUUAUCUGUUAAAAUAAUAAUAUAUUAAUAUUUUCAAGCCGUUUACUUUAGAAAGAAUUAUUAAUAUGCUUUUGGUUUCAAAUAUUACAUCUUUGCAUUACGUGCAUGUUGUAACUCGUGAAGCAAUAUAUUAUGGUCUUGCUGAUUGUGGCUUGACGGCAUCAUUGAUAAGCUGGGCUGUUCCAUAUGCACAGCGCUACAUACAUGAAGUUCAUAAUGAUAAAUCUUUUCAAUUGAAGCAGUCCGGAUUUGAUUUUCUGAAUCACCUAAGUUGUCGUUGUUGAGAAGCUGUUUUACAGGAAUGUCAUAAAGGGUUGUGGGAGCAUAUCAAAAAAGCGAGUUAAUGUGGUUGUCUUCAGCAAG